GUCUUGAAAUAAGUUAGUGAAUAUGGCGUAUCAACAUCAGUUUACAUCGGAGGAAAAUGAAGAUGACUUAGAAAAACUACGGCUUGCUGCUCUUAAAUCAUUGCGGACUGCGAAAGCAGUUCCUAAAGUUGUCAGGAAGUUUAAGAAGGCCAAUAAGAAGUUUAUUUUUAAGGGCCAAGGAAUUCGAACUAACUGCUAUAAUGGCAAAUCAAUGAAAAAGAAUUUCAGAGGUAACUCAAACCAGAAUUUCAGAGGCAACUCAAACCAGAAUUUUAGAAACAACUCAAACCUUAUUACAAUAGUUCCUGUGGUGGAAAUGUCUGGGGCCUCUGGGAGUGAAUGUGGAGGACAAUCUUCAGAAAGUAAAGAUUCAGAAGUUAAUCAAGUGCCAUCAAAAUUCAGCCGAUAUGAUGAUGACAAUUCAGAUAAUAGUGAUGAAGAUUUUAUGGGCUACUGUGGUACAAAUGGAGUUGAAGAAGAUGAAAGUGCAGAGGAAGAUUCUGACAUAUUGUUACUGGAUACAAAUGAAGAAGAAAGUCUGGAAAAACUAAUGGAUGAAUUAGAAGAAGAGAUAAAGAAAACUGAAAGGACUUCACUGUCUGUAACAAGUGCAGAUGACAGUGAAACGGAGGUACCGGAAAAAAGUGUUCUGCAGGAAGAAACUGAUGUAAAAGUUUGCCGUGAUCAACAACUGGAGUCUUGUGUGAGUGAUGUGUGUGUUCAGCCUGAUGUUGUGAGUGGAAAUUCUGUGACAAUUAGUGCUCUGCAAGGAACAACAAAAGAAGUGAUCAGCAGCACUGUGGAUGCUGCAUAUGACAAUGGACAACCACUUUCCUCUGUUAAAGCCCAAGAAACACGUACUCUGCUAAUUUCAGUGCCAGUAUCUACAGUGAAGACCACAGACAAUGAACCAGCUGCUCAGGCUGAAAAUUCCCAUAUUACUUUAAAAAUGUCUCAAAUAUCAAGGCAUUCACCACCUGAUAAUAAGUACAUCAAAUGUUCCAAUAAGAGUGUAAUAACCCCAAACCAGUCCCCUGUUCAUUCACCUGGACAAUGUAGCCAUCCAGAAAAUUGUCAAAGCCAAGGGUCUUCAUUGUACAAAACCACCUCAUGUAGCCCUGGAGCAACCCACAAUGCAAGCAGAGUUUCAGACUCAUCUUCAAUGUAUAAUUCAGUGUCUCAAGUGGAAAGGUCUCAGGUUCACGAUAACAGAUCUCAAAGCACAAAAUCCCCAGUCUAUCGACGAUCACGAACUCCGGCAUCACCAUCUAGGACUACUACUUCAAAAAUAAGAAACUCCUUCAGCCGAUCACGCAGUCCAAGAUCUCCAUUGCGAAUUCAAAGGUCACCUGCACAUGCUGUGAAAUCACGAAGCCCCAAGUCACCUGUACGUAAACUAAGUCCUCAUAAUUCUAGAUCACCGAUUUAUGAUUCAAGACCAUAUACACAAACGUCACCAGUUCACUCUCUUCAAUCACGGAGCCCACAUUCUCCUUGCAGUAGUGAUAGGUUUCAUAGUACUUCACGCAUUCAUAGGUCUUCGAGAAUUUCUACAUCAAAAUCUCCAGUUCACCAAGUGAGGUCACCUAGCCCAAGACCUUCCACUCAUUUGCGAAGAUCUUGCACUCCGAGAUCAAGUCCUAUCAGGCAUACAUCUCGGUCUCCAAGAUCAAGUCCUCAUAACCAGAAAUCUCGUAGUCCAAGAUCAAUUGCUCACAAGCGACAAUCCUGCAGUCCGAGGUCUGCUACUCACUUGCGAAGAUCUUGCAGUCCAAGAUCAGCUGUGACUAUGCGGAGAUCUCGUAGUCCAGGACCAGCAUCAAGUAUGCGUAUAUCUUGCAGUCCAGGACCAUCAUCAACUAUGAGUAUAUCUUGCAGUCCAGGACCAUCAUCAACUAUGAGAUCUCAUAGUCCAGGACUAGUGAUAAGUAUGCGAAGAUCGUGCAGUCCGGGGCCAGCAAUGACCAUGCGUAGAUCAUGCAGUCCAGGACCACUGAUGAACAUACAGAGGUCACGCAGUCCAGAGCCACUGAUGAACAUGCGGAGGUCACGAAGUCCAGGGCCUGUGAAGAACAUGCGGAGGUCACACAGUUCAGGGCCGGCGAUGAGCGUACGGAGGUCGUGCAGUCCAGGGCCACAGACAGGCAGGCGGAGGUCACGCAGUCCAGGGCCACAGACAAGCAGGCGGAGGUCACGCAGUCCAGGGCCACAGACAAGCAGGCGGAGGUCACGCAGUCCAGGGCCACAGACAAGCAGGCAGAGGUCACGAAGUCCAGGGCCACAGACAAGCAGGCAGAGGUCACGCAGUCGAGGGCCACAGACAAGCAGGCGGAGGUCACGCAGUCCAGGGCUGCAGAUGAGCAGGCAGAGAUCAUGCAGUCCAGGGUCAGGGACAAGCAUGCGGAGAUCACGGAGUCCAGGACCAGUGACAAGCAUGUGGAGAUCACGGAGUCCUGGGAUAGUAAAGAGCAAGCGGAGGUCAUGCAGCCCAGGGCCAGUGAAGAGCAAGCGGAGGUCAUGCAGCCCAGGGCCACUGAAGAGCAAGCGGAGGUCAUGCAGCCCAGGGCCAGUGAAGAGCAAGCGGAGGUCAUGCAGCCCAGGGCCAGUGAAGAGCAAGCGGAGGUCAUGCAGCCCAGGACCAGUGAAGAGCAAGCGGAGGUCACGCAGUCCAGGGCCAGCAAAGAGCAUGCGGAGGUCACGCAGUCCAGGGCCAGCAAAGAGCAUGCGGAGGUCACGCAGUCCAGGGCCAGCAAAGAGCAUGCAGAGGUCACGCAGUCCAGGGCCAGCAAAGAGCAUGCGGAGGUCACGCAGUCCAGGGCCAGCAAAGAGCAUGCGGAGGUCCCGCAGUCCAGGGCCAGCAACGAACAUGCGGAGAUCACGCAGUCCAGGGCCAGCAACGAACAUGCGGAAAUCACGCAGUCCAGGGCCAGCAACGAGCAUGCGGAGAUCUCACAGUCCAGGGCCAGCGACAAGAAUGCGGAGAUCACGCAGUCCACAGCCAGUGACAAGCAUGCGGAGAUCACACAGUCCAGGGCCAGCGACAAGAAUGCUGAGAUCACGCAGUCCACAGCCAGUGACAAGCAUGCGGAGAUCACCCAGUCCAGUGGCAGCAAGGAACAGGUGGAGGUCACGCAGUCCAGGUCCAGUGAGGAGCAGGCAGAGAUCACGCAGCCCAGGUCCAGCGAGGAGCAUGCGGAGAUCACGCAGUCCAGGCCCUAUGACGAGCAUGCGGAGAUCACACAGUCCACACCCAAUGACAAGCAUGCGGAGAUCACGCAGUCCAGGGCCAAGGACGAGCAUGCGGAGAUCACGCAGUCCAGGGCCAAGGACGAGCAUGCGUAGAUCACGCAGCCCAGGGCCAAGGACGAGCAUGCGUAGAUCACGCAGCCCAGGUCCAAGGACGAGCAUGCGUAGAUCACGCAGCCCAGGGCCAAGGACGAGCAUGUGUAGAUCACGCAGUCCAGGGUCAGUGACGAGCAUGCGUAGAUCGCGCAGUCCUGGGCCAGUGACGAGCAAGCGUAGAUCGCGCAGUCCAGGGCCAGUGACGAGCAAGCAUAAAUCACGCAGUCCAGGACCAGCAAAGAACAUGCGUAGAUCGCGCAGUCCAGGACCAACAACAAAUACACGGAGAUCUCAUAGUCCAGGACCUGCAAGGAAUGCGAGGAGAUCUCGCAGCCCGAGACCAGCAAUGAGUGCACGGAGAUCCCGCAGUCCUGGACCGACAGUGAGUACGCGGAGAUCUCGCAGUCCAGGACCUGCAACAUGUACACGGAGAUCACGCAGUUCAGGACCGGCAAUGAGCACACGGAGAUCUCGCAGUCCAAGACCAGCAGUGAACACACGGAGAUCUCGCAGUCCAGGUCCGGUAGUCAGCACACGGAGAUCUCGCAGUCCAAGACCAGCAGUGAACACACGGAGAUCUCGCAGUCCAGGUCCGGCAGUCAGCACACGAAGAUCUCGCAGUCCAGGACCAGCAGUGAGCACACGGAGAUCUCGCAGUCCAGGACGGGGAAUGAGCACACGGAGAUCUCGCAGUCCAGGACCGGCAGUGAGCACACGGAGAUCUCGCAGUCCAGGACGGGCAGUGAGCACACGGAGAUCUCGCAGUCCAGGAAGGGCAGUGGGCACACGGAGAUCUCGCAGUCCAGGAAGGGCAGUGGGCACACGGAGAUCUCGCAGUCCAGGAAGGGCAGUGGGCACACGGAGAUCUCGCAGUUCAGGAAGGGCAGUGGGCACACGGAGAUCUCGCAGUCCAGGAAGGGCAGUGGGCACACGAAGAUCUCGCAGUCCAGGAAGGGCAGUGGGCACACGGAGAUCUCGCAGUCCAGGACAAGCAAUGAGCACACGGAGAUCUCGCAGUCCAGGACGGGCAGUGAGCACACAGAGAUCUUGCAGUCCAGGACUGGCAGUGAGCACACGGAGAUCUCGCAGUCCAGGACGGGCAGUGAGCACACGGAGAUCUCGCAGUCCAGGACGGACAGUGAGCACACGGAGAUCUCGCAGUCCAGGACGGACAGUGAGCACACGGAGAUCUCGCAGUCCAGGACCGGCAAUGUGCACACAAAGAUCUCGCAGUCCAGGAUCGGCAAAGUGCACACGAAGAUCUCGCAGUCCAGGAUCGGCAAAGUUCACACGAAGAUCUCGCAGUCCAGGACCGGCAAUGACCACACGAAGAUCUCGCAGUCCAGGACCGACAAUGACCACACGAAGAUCUCGCAGUCCAGGACCGACCAAGAGUACAAGGAGAUCUUGCAGUCCAGGAGUGGCUAAGAGCAAACGGAGAUCUCACAGUCCAGGACUGGCCAAAGGCACACGGAUAUCUCGCAGUCCAGGACCGGAAAUGAGCUCAAACAGAUCUCGCAGUCCAGGACCACUAAUGAGCAUUCAUAGAUCUCACAGCCCAAGACCUGUAACAUGUAUGCAGAGAUCUCACAGUCCACAGCCAUCUUCUAGUACCCGGAGAUCUCGCAGUCCGAGACCAUCUACCGAUACCCGAAGAUCUCGCAGUCCAAGACCAGUUAACAGUACUCGAAGAUCUCGCAGUCCAAGACCAGCUGGUAGUGUGCGACGAUCUCACAGUCCAAGACCAUCUGUGAGUGUGCUGAGAUCUCACAGUCCCAGACCAGCAGUGAGUAUGCGAAGAUCUCGCAGCCCGAGACCGAUAGUGAGUACUCGUAGAUCUCGGAGUCCAAGAUCAGCUUCUGAUAUGCGGAGAUCGCACAGUCCAAGACCACAUACUAAUCUGCGUAGAUCUAGAAGUCCAAGCCCUGCCACGAAUAUACGGAAGUCUCACAGUCCAAGAACAGCAGCUAAGGUACAGAGAUCUGUUAGUCCAACACCAGCCUCUAAUAUGCAGAGCUCUAUUAGCCCAAGACCAGCCACAAAUUUGAGAAGAUCUCUGAGCCCAAGACCAGGUACUAAUAUUCGGAGAUCUCCCAGUCCAAGACCAAUGGCUAUUGUACGAAGAUCUCUCAGUCCAAGACCACCUGCUAAAAUACGGAGUUCUUUUAGUCCACAGCCAGCUGCUAAGAUACGAAGAUCAGGAAGUCCCAGACCAACUGGUAAUGUGUGUAGAUCUGAUAGUCCAAGAACAGCCACAAAGGUACUGAGAUCUAAUAGUCCAAGACCAGCUGCUCAUGUGCGGAGCUCUGGUAGUCCAAGAAGAGUUGCUCUGAUAAAGAGAUCUGGUAGUCCGAGACAAACUGCUCAGAUGUGCAUAUCUUUUAGUCCAAGAUUAACUGAACACAGGAGGAAAUCCUCUAGUCCCAGAUCAUGUACUCGUGUGCAGAAGUCGUGUAGCCCUAGGUCAGCCACCCAAAUACGGAGAUCUUGUAGUCCCAGACAAGUCAGUCAGAUGAAGAGGUCUCGUAGUCCCACUUGGUCUCCAGCUAGAAAAUCUGCAUCACAAUUCAGAAAGCUGUCAAGAUCACCAUCUAGGAGAUAUUCUGACAACCAUUAUUCUCCUUCACAUUCCAGAUGCUCUAGAAAGCAGUCAUUAUCACCAAGAUCCAGAAAUUACAUUUCACCAGGCAGGUCUGGCUCACCAAGGGAAAGACAAAAGUCACCACAAUGCAAAAUAUCUCCAGUUAGAAUGCAGGCACAUGACCGGAGCAGUAUUACAUCACAGAAGAAAUCCAUUUCUCCAAAGUGCAGGAGGCAUUCGCUAUCACCAGGAAAAGGAUGUGUAAAGUCACCCAUUAUCCAAAGAACAUUUGCAUCACCCAAAAGACACUCACCAGAUGUGCAGCGGAAGAGAUCACCUAUAAAUUUUCCUUCAAAUAGGUCAAAUGUUUCAAAACAUGCCAUGCAGAGAAGCAAAUCACCAGUUUCAAGAGUUUCGAAUUCGCCUCCAAUAAGUCUAGAGCAACUACAUUUGAAUAGGAAGCAUUCAAAGGGUAGGAGCCCAUCUCCCUGUCCAAUUAAAAUGUAUCGUGUAUCAAGUACCAGAAAAAAGUCCCCAGAAAAACUACCAAGAAAAUCAUCUCAUAUGUCUUCUAAAGACAGAGAAAAUGUGCAUUACACAGCAUCACCAUAUGACCAUCAGGUCUCUACUUCUCCAGAGGUGAAACCUUCUCACACGGAUAAAUGUUACAGAAGUCCACAAAGAAAAGCAUCACCACAUUUAAUGGCAUCAUUUUCACCUCUCUCUCCACAGAACUCAUUCUCUUUCUCAGGGGCUCAUGAAGAUGAUCAUUCAUUACGGAGAAAAGAUGUAGGUUUAAUUCAUGGAAAGCCCAUGCAUGACAAUCGAAAGAAUAAUACAUCAGUAGAAGAAUUAUAUUGUCAUUCAGAUAACCCCUCAACCCAGAAAAGUCGGAGUCAGACACCAAGCCUGAGCCCAUCACCUGAGAAAAACUCUGAGUCAGAAAAUAAAUACUAUACAGUGCCUCUCAGAAUCCAAACCUCAUCUCUAGGUUACAAGAAUCCCCCUGUUUCUAAUUCUUUGAAAAACAAUGACAUCAGUUGUUGGCAAGGAGCUUCAGCAUGCUCAGUUACCACUGAUAGUGGCAGCAAAGUUAAGUCGUUAAGAAAAAAUCAUGAUGAAAGUGUUACACAGACCAGAUCUGAGCUGAUGUCCAAAAACUGCACAAAAAAAACAGAAAGAAAAACUUCACAUAAAUAUAGGAUGAAAGAUAAAAACAAGAAAGGACAUAUAGUGGCGAUGUGUCAGGAUGAACCAAAGUCAUUGGCACUAAACUCUGAUGUUAUCGACACAGGUAGAAGUAUGGUGAAUGAUAAUGUUCCUAUUCAGGAGACUAAAAAAAGAAAAUUUGAUUCCUCAGAUUCUCUUGAACAUUCUUGUAAAACAAAUAGCUUGGAUCAGUUAUCAGAAACUAAGGUAGAGAAGGAAAUGGAAACUGUCACUAAAAUAGCUAAUACCCCCGAUGACAGAACCUUAGAUGAACUUGAAGAUCUUUUGGACUUGGAAUUAGAUAAAUCAGUUGAUUUAUGGGAAAGUGAUGAAUCAGAAAAUGAGCAUUUUAAUCAAGAAACAAAGACCCUGGAAAAAUCUUUAGAUUUAGCUGAAGAUCAGCACUCAAGAUCUUCUGGUAUGGAAAAGGACAGUGCAGUUGCGAAAGGAAGACUGAAAGACACCACUGGUGAAAAAUUAAACUUCUCUACCACAGGAGAUUCACCUGGUGAAGAAAGUAAGGUGAUAAAAGUUACAUCAGGUGGAUCGGGCAAAAGGAAGAAGAGAUCAGACUCUCGGAAAAAUUCGUCUAGAAAGUCCAGCCGCAGAGAAAACAGAAUUAAAGUGCAGCAGUUGGGAGAGCAGUGUAGCCCAUCAAAAACAGAAUCAGCAGAUGAAAGCAUGGAGCAUACUGAUAUAACAGACUGUGACCUCAGGGCAGAGCUAAGUCGAAGACGAGCAGAAAGAUUACUUAAGGCAGGAUCAUUACAUACUGCACUCCCUACACGGUUACUGCAAUCUGCAUUUCGGGGACUUGUUAGCGGCAAAACUGCCAAGAAAGAGGCCAGUGAACGGAAAUCGUGUGACAGAGAGCUGCAGAAAAGAGACAAAACAGAUGGACGAAGAGUUAUGGUUCUGAAGUCACCCCCUUCUGAAGAUCAGGAUGUUGUGAGCCUCAGUGUCACCAUACCAAAGGAUAAAAAGGAUAAAAACUCUCCAUCAAAAGUACCUGUUCACUUACGCCUUGGCCUUCCUAGUAGUAGCUGGGACACACAGAAUUCCCAUUCAAGACGAAGAGGUUAUCGUAAGGUGAAGCUUAAACGCAGUGUGAUUGUUUCAUCUGAGAAAGGUCAUAAGGUUUAAUCUUGGAUUGGACAUAAGGAAAGGCAAAAUAUUAGAAACGAGAAGACGUGUUUGAAAAUUGUUGGACAAUAUUGGACAGUAAUCAUAUUGAUUGUGCAUUUUUUUGGGAUACUUUAUUCCAUUAUUUAACUGUUAUUUCUACUGAAUUUACAAUGUAAAUAAAGUAAUGAGUCAUAUGUUUACAUCUUUGUAUAAAUGUAAAUGAAAUAUUCCUUUGUUGUUUUUAUAUAUACACACCAAUAAAAUAUUUAUUUGUAGUCAUAAUUGUAUAUAUUGCAUGUAUAUAAAUCUAAGACUUCUCCAAUUUAUAAAUCAUUGUAUUUGAUAUACAUAAAGAUUUCAGAACAACAGAAUUAUGUGGAGGAAAUGAACUGUAUUUUUUC